AUGGGCACGGGCAAACUUGUUUUCACUACUGUUGUCCGUAAGGAAAAUCUGAAAUUCAUUGCCGUCGGUAAAAGUUGGAAGAGUCGUUGUUUUGUGCCGAGACAGCAAUCUCUCGUGUCUCAUUCAAAAGAGUUGACAGUCGCUUUUGUUGGCCUCUCUGACGCCGAAUCAUUCAAUUGUUAUAAGAAAAGCGAUGGAUUGAAGGAACAAUACAAGGUCAUUUGUGACGUAAACGUAUGCGUAGCGACUAUUGACGGAAACAGGGUGAAAAAAGGUUGUGCAAAUCCUGAUGGGAUCAUUGAUUUAAUCAAGGUGUCUACUGGCGUGCAAAUUCGGUAUCAAGCGUGCGAUCUCGAAAUUAGCGGCCCUGAUUCUCAUUAUGCGAUCUCUGCAACGAGGCUGGCAACGGUGCGGGACUCUUCGGCAUGUCGAUUCCACUUCCCAUUCUCCCAUCGAAUGGCCGCCAAUCGUCUCUUCACACUUCUCUCACUCAUCGUUUUUCUUGGCCUCUCCGACGCUGUACUAUUCAAUUGCUAUAAGAAAAGCAGCGGAUUCCCGGAAGAAUACAAGACCAAUUGCGAGAUGAACAUGUGCGUCACAUAUACAAAAGGAGAUGAGAUGUUCAAACGUUGUGCAUACCCCGAAGAGUCAAUUGAGCUUUAUAAGGCGAGCGACGACAAGACCUACACGUAUAAAGAGUGUGAUCCCGAGAUUAACGCCGCUGGCUUUUAUACAAUGAUCAAAAAUCCGAAAACAAAUCUGGAUGAGCGUCGUGAAACCAAAAUAACUUGCUGCCAGGUGAUCUCUGCAAUGAGGGCGCAGGACUUUUUGGCAUAUCUGCUCCUAUUUGCUCUCCCGUUUGCCGGAUUUUUCUUC